GUGGGCGGGGCCUGCGGCCGGGGCGACGGCGCGAGCGAGCAUCCUGGCAGCUCCGGGCCACGAGGAGGUAACUGGCGGGGCCGAGGAGGCCACACUAAACACAGGUGUACAGGAACCGUUUGCCAUGGAAGCCAGGGAGCUUGGGAGCCCCACCCCCACCUACCAUCUUCUCCCCAAGGCCAACCAGCACGCCGUAAAAGAAGAUGCCAGCUCACCAUCUCAAGGGUCUCCAGAGACUAUGCAGCUGAAGAAGGAGAUCUCCUUGCUGAACGGGGUCAGCCUGGUGGUGGGCAACAUGAUUGGCUCAGGGAUCUUUGUCUCGCCCAAGGGCGUUCUAAAGUACACUGCUUCCUAUGGGCUGUCACUCGUAGUGUGGGCCAUCGGUGGGCUCUUCUCUGUUGUGGGUGCCCUUUGCUACGCAGAGCUGGGGACCACUAUCACCAAGUCAGGGGCUAGCUAUGCUUAUAUUCUAGAGGCCUUCGGGGGCUUCAUUGCCUUUAUCCGUCUAUGGGUCUCACUUCUAAUUGUUGAGCCCACCAGUCAGGCCAUCAUCGCCAUCACCUUCGCUAACUAUAUCAUCAAGCCCUCCUUCCCCACCUGUGAUCCUCCAUACCUGGCCUGCCGUCUCCUCGCUGCUGCCUGCAUAUGUCUGCUGACAUUUGUGAACUGUGCCUAUGUCAAGUGGGGCACACGAGUACAAGACACAUUCACGUAUGCCAAGGUCCUGGCACUCAUUGCCAUCAUUAUCAUGGGCCUUGUUAAACUGUGCCAGGGACACACUGAGCACUUUCAGGACGCCUUUAAAGGUUCCUCGUGGAAUGUGGGAGACCUCUCUCUUGCCUUGUACUCUGCCCUCUUCUCUUACUCAGGUUGGGACACCCUUAAUUUUGUAACAGAAGAAAUCAAAAACCCAGAAAGGAAUUUGCCCUUGGCAAUUGGGAUUUCUAUGCCAAUUGUGACACUCAUCUACAUCCUGACAAACGUGGCCUAUUACACAGUGCUGAACAUUCAGGAUGUCCAUCAGAGUGAUGCCGUGGCUGUGACAUUUGCCGACCAGACCUUUGGCAUGUUCAGCUGGACCAUCCCCAUUGCCGUCGCUCUGUCCUGCUUUGGGGGCCUAAAUGCAUCCAUCUUUGCUUCAUCGAGGUUGUUUUUCGUGGGCUCUCGUGAGGGCCACCUCCCGAACCUUCUGUCCAUGAUUCACAUUGAGCGCUUUACACCUGUGCCUGCAUUACUGUUCAAUUGCACCAUGACACUUAUCUACCUCGUGGUAAAAGAUGUUUUCCUGCUCAUCAACUACUUCAGCUUCAGCUACUGGUUCUUUGUGGGCUUGUCUGUUGUUGGGCAGCUCUACCUUCGCUGGAAAGAGCCUGACUGGCCCCGACCUCUCAAGCUGAGCCUCUUUUUUCCCAUUGUGUUCUGCAUCUGCUCCUUGUUUCUUGUGGCUGUACCCCUCUUCAGUGACACCAUCAAUUCCCUCAUCGGCAUUGGGAUUGCCCUUUCUGGGGUCCCUGUCUACUUCAUGGGUGUUUACCUGCCAGAGUCCCGGAGGCCACUGUUCAUUAGGAAUGUCCUGGCUACUGUCACCAGAGUAACCCAGAAGCUUUGCUUUUGCGUCUUGACUGAGCUAGAUAUAGCUGAAGAGAAAAAUGUUGAGAGGAAAACUGACUAGAAGCCAGAGAUGUCAUUCCCUGAAGCCCAUAAGGCUGUGACCACAGCCACCAAAGACCAGUUCUCUAAACCUUCUGAAUUAAAGGAGCCUCUUGGCCCACAUUCUGUAAGGGGGCUCAGGGCCAAUGCUCUCUCAUUGGUAAGCUAUGGGAAGCUACCAGUCAGGCCAGCCAAGAUGGGGACUUCAGUGGGAGGGGUGGUUGGGGCGGGGCAUUGAUUUAGUUUUACUUCUGAUGAGUAGAUGCAGCCCUGAAGGAAUUAGAUUGACGGCUCUAGCUCUUGAUGGACAGACAGCUCUUUGUACUUUAAACCAGGAGUCUACGGUGGGACUCCUUCAUGGGAAGUUUUCCUCUGACCAAGUCCAGCUAAUUGAUUUUUAGAAGUCUGAAAUGCUGCCAUUUCUUCCUGUGGCUCAAAAUUCUUCCAUGAGGAGAGCGUGGUAUUGUCUGUUUUGUUUGUUGGGUAUCAUGAACAGCAAGUCUUUAACUGACGUGGGAUCAAUGUGUGCCUCCUUUCCUGAAUUCCACAAGAGGAACAACACUCCCUCCCUGGAACUUCAUAUUUGAGCAAACAGUAAGCUUGGUGAGAAGACUGUUGAGUAUCGAGGCAUGAAAGUCCUCUAAUUUGUGGGUCUGAAUGUUGGGGUAUCUGGGAUCUCAUCCUGUAUAUCCAUCUCCUCAGGGAGGUACUAUGGGUCUGACUUUGCUUAGAUGGUAUUAGCAGUAUGAUCAGGAUCCUUAGGCAAGGAGGUGAGCUUCUAAAGGAAGUUGCCUGGGCUACUUGACUGUGCCCUUCCUAGCUGAAUCCCAUGGUGCUGUGGAGCCCUUGGAACAAGGGCUGAGAGAAAACCUCACAACUCCAGCUGAGGGGAGCAUCUCUACUGCCUGGAUGAGCCACACUGUCACCAAAUUUCAACUCCUAUAUUUCAUUAUUUAAUGAUACUUAAUCCAGGAUACCAGUUAAAACAAACCAUUAGUGAUCAUUUGUCUACAGGAUGCAAUAAGUGAAUUGUGUUUGAAAAUCUUAGCUGGCCUGGUGGUACACAUCUACAAUCUGAACACUUGUAAGGAGUUUGAAUUUGAGGCUAACUGAGGCUACAUAAUUUCUAGGUAGCCACUCUGGAAAGAUCAGACAAGAUCUUGUCUCAUCAUAUACCUGUUAUACUUUACUAUGUAUAUAAGUCACUUUAUUAUCAUCUGGCUCAGAUCCAGCAAGGACAGAUGAGCAACUUCAAUAGUCCGAGAUCUGGUAAUACUGCUAUUUUGGAGGACAAUCCUUUAUUUUAUUAAGACCAUAGAUCUUUGUUCUACUUGAUAUAAAAUAAAUCUUUGGAUUUCUGGUAUGAACUGCAAGAGGUCUGGAAUGUUCUGCAUAAGGUGUUAUGCAAAGUUCAGGUAGAUAACCUGACUUCUCAGUUGUCAAUGGACUCCUGGAUUCAAGUCAUCAAAUCGUUUGUUAUAUGUAUGGACUCAUGGACGCCCGCUCUGCUGGAAGCGGCCAUUAUCUUUCUGAAACCACCAGUCUCGUUUACACUCCAAACCAUUUUGGGUAAUGGGACAGUUUUACCUUCUUCUCUUGCCUUCUCUUGUCCAAGGGCUGGUAAGAUUGAAGUCUCAGCAAACGCUUGGUACUUGUGCAUCUACUGUUUUCUCCCUGUGAAGACUGAUGAAAACUGUGGGAGAAAACAGCUUCAACUUCAACCUGGCUCCUGGUAACGGGUAGAAACGGCUAAUUCUGGUCAUCGGACUAGGCUGCCAGUUAAAGCCAAAACAACAGGCUUGGAGCUUUGUGAGCAGUAGGUCUACAUCUUGAUGCCCUUAGCCACUGCCAUCUUGGACACAGAAGAACCUGCUGUGCUGUCUUGGCAACUGUGGUGGACACUUCAUCUUUAAGUUUUAGAGUUUGUGAACAAUACAGAUAACUAUGUGGCAGUCUCCCAGUACACAACUGGCCCUAGAUACACAGGAGUAACCUUGGAUAUAUGCUUGCUCAAUAAAGACUUAGGGGAGUAUGA